GUUCCGAGGACGGAGAGGCGAAGACGAGAAGUUUUUAUUUAGACUAGAUACUACCUAAUAUAAUAUGAAGUAGAUGCAAAUGAGAGCGUCUUGGACUCGGUGAAUCUAAGUCAGGUGGUAUUUACGGGAGAUUUCAUUUUACGACAAUUUAAACCAUCGCGGGCUGUAGAUUACGAAACUGCCAUUCCGUAUCAGUUAACUCCAAUGGCCCAGACUAAGUCUGCAACGAAGCUCCGGCAGAUGCUUGCCGAUCCGGAAAAGACCGUUAUAUGUCCGGGCGUACAUGAUGGACUUACGGCACGUGUGGCGUUGAACGUAGGCUUCGACGCGUUGUACAUGACGGGCGCAGGAACGGCUGCAUCCCGCCUCGGCCAGCCGGACCUCGGUCUUACCACCCUCGACGAUAUGGCGACGAAUGCCGGAAUGAUCGCGGGCCUCGACCGUGCUAUUCCGGUGAUCGCGGAUGCCGACACCGGGUUCGGCGGACCCCUGAUGGUCGCCCGUACCACCGAGAAGUAUAUUCUCCAGGGGGUAGCAGCAUUUCAUAUCGAGGACCAAGUGACGACUAAGCGCUGCGGACAUCUCGGCGGGAAGGAGCUCGUCGACACGCCUACAUUCGUAGCACGCAUCCGGGCCGCUGCUGCUGCGCGCUCGCGCAUGGGCUCGGAUAUCGUCAUUAUUGCCCGCACCGACGCGCUGCAGUCGCGGGGCUACGAGGAGGCGGUUAGCAGAUUGAGAGCCGCCGUGGAGGCUGGUGCCGACGUGGCAUUCCUAGAGGGGAUGCAGACGAAAGAGCAGAUGGCGCAGGUAGUCAAGGAUAUGGCGCCUACCCCGUGUCUUCUAAACAUGGUCAGCGGUGGCGUCACACCUUUGGUUAACGCGCGGGAGGCGAAGGAGUUGGGAUACAAGAUUGUCCUUUGGCCUAUAGCCGGUAUGACGAGCGUGUACAUCGCCAUGCGCGAGUUCUGCCAGGAACUGAAGAGCACGGGCGAGAUAAAGGAUAGGUAUAAGGAAGACGGGAAGAUCGAUGGAGGCGUGAGGGAUGUAUUCGAACUAUGCGGGCUGUCGGCUUGCGUCGAGUUUGAUAAGGAGGUUGGGGGCGCAAGUUUUGCGAACGGAGCUUAAGAGCCUAUAGGAAUUAUAUGGAAAAUAACUAAGUAUUCAUCGCGAAGCGGACAACAAGGGGCAGAGUUGAGGCAUAUGACAAUAGUCUCUCUGAAGCCCCUUUCACUUAUUUAACCCUAGUCAGCUAAGUGCUCUCAAUAUAUAUUAUUCGAAGAGAA